AUGGCGCCUUCUAAGUCAGCUGCGGCCACCGCCCCCUUUUCCAAAGACGAGCGAGUUCUCUGCUUUCAUCACGAGAUGCUCUACGAGGCAAAGGUGCUGGAUUCCCGGCCCACCGAGGACAACCAGUCAUGGCAGUACCGGAUCCAUUACAAGGGAUGGAAAAACACAUGGGACGACUGGGUUCCUCAAGACCGAGUGAGGAAAUUCACAGAUGAGAACAAGGAGCUUGCUGCCCAGCUUCACAACCAGAUGAAGCUUCUUCAACAGAGGGCACCAAAGUCCACCACAAAGAAAGGUGGCCGAACGAAUGGCUCAGAUUUGAGUUCUGCACGUGGCAGUGAAGAAAGACAUGCCUCUACUGCUACUCAGAGUGGGCGUGGACCAAGACGAAAUCGAGACUAUGAUCUUGAACCUGUGAAGAUUUUUGGCCGCGCAGCGAUGUCGCCAAUCGGCUCCUGCAGAGUACUUGGCCACGAAUCCAUCGAAGCAACGGUAAAGCCUCGUCGAUGUGAACCUUGUACAAUUGGAGCGAUCCAAAAAGCAGCGACUGGGAUCUCCUCAGAGUUCUCUCUUUUGAUUUGCCAGAAGAAGAAAACUAAAAAGAGACCCUAUCCAAAGUUGGCUAUCCACACAAAGAUUGGACCCGCCACACCUGCUCCUCGUCUCUACUACGAGGAUAUGCAGAAUUUGCUUGUGCUCCCUGCGUCCCUUAAGAAGCCAUUUCUAAUACGUGAUGUUCAAUUACAGGAGGCGGAAUUCCACGCGAGACCGUCAAUCAAACUCCUCAUACCCGAUCAUAUCAAGGCCAUUCUAGUCGAUGAUUGGGAGAAUGUCACCAAGAACCAGCAGCUCGUUCCACUGCCCAGCGCGCAUCCGGUCAACUCCAUUUUGAACGAUUAUCUCGAGUUUGAGAGGCCCAAGCGGCAACCAGCCAGUGCUCAAGCUGAUAUCUUGGAGGAGGUGGUUGCUGGAUUGAAGGAGUACUUCGACAAGUGCCUAGGACGCAUUCUUCUUUAUCGGUUUGAGCGUAAUCAGUAUCUUGAAGUCCGCGAAUUGUGGAACUCAAACAAGCCAGAAUGGGCAGGCAAAGGUGCUGGUGACACCUAUGGUGCGGAGCAUUUAUGCCGUCUUCUAGUUUCUCUACCAGAACUCAUCGCCCAAACCAAUAUGGACUUGCAGUCUGUCAAUCGUCUUCGCGAGGAACUCUCGAAGCUGACGAACUGGCUCGGAAGAAAUGCGACCACCUACUUCGUCAGUGAAUAUGAAACUCCUAAUCAGGACUAUGUCGAAAAGGCUCGUGGCGUUUAG